CUCAGCGAAAAAGAAAGAUCAGGGAGCUCAGAAACCCUAAUUUCUAAAUUAUUACUCUGCCGCCUAAAGCAUGAGGCCAAUUCUUCAACCAUGCGCAAGGGUCAUUCCAGCUUUCAGGAGAUAUCUGUUUCGCUCUGCCGGAACCCUAUCUUCGCCGGAGCUUAACGACAGCCUCCAUCGUCAUAUCACCACGACCAAGGGCGAUCGGAAGGCUUCAUUCAUCCCAGUGCUGGAUCAAUGGAAGCAACAGGGCAAGCAUAUAAAUCCUUCGGAUCUCAGAAGCAUCAUCGAAACCCUUAGCGAGUCUUAUCGAUUUCCCCAAGCUCUCAAGGUUCCUCUUUGGUUUUGAUUCUCUCAAUUACCGUAUCCGAGUUUCGUCCCCAAUAUUUAAUGUAUCGUUCAUGAUAUAAUCUGUAUACGUAGUUGUUUAAUUUGCUAUUGUUAUUGGUGGUGUUUAGGUAUCAGAGUGGAUGAGUGACAAGAAAGUUUGCGAUCUAGUUCCUGAAGAUUUCGCAGCUCGGCUUCAUCUGAUCGACAACGUUCUAGGUUUCGAAGCAGCGGAGAAGUUCUUCCAAAGCAUUCCCGAAGACAAAAGGGAUCACUCUGUCUACAAUACUAUCUUAAGCUUGUAUGCAAGAUCUGAUCAAACUCGGGAUAAAGCUGAGUUCAUCUUCUGGAAGAUGGGAGAGCUAGGCUACCUCUCUAAGCCCUCUGCGUUUAACCACAUGGUGUCUCUUUACAUUGAGCUAGAUAAGCAAGAUAUGGUCGAGAAGAUUCUGAAACAAAUGGAGGAGAACAAUGUCAAGCCAAACAAUCUUACGUUUAACCUUAAACUGCGGCGUUACGCAGCUGUUACAAACAUCAAAACUAUGGAGAGGCUAUUAAAAGAGCACGAUCCUACACCAUUGGAUUGGCGCACGAGCUGCGAAAUUGCAAAAGCUUACCUGAAACAUGGAUUGGUUGUAAAGGCCGUGGGGAUGCUGAGUAGAGCCGAACAAUCAGUAGAUCCCAUGUCAAAGAAGUUAGCUUACGAGUCGUUAAUGAUGUUGUACGGUGAUGCAGGAAAGGCUGACGAAGUUUACCGCAUAUGGGAACUUUACAAGGACGACGUUUGCCACAAUGACCUUCGCCACAUGAACAGCGAAGGAUAUCGAUCAGUAAUUAGUUCCUUAUUGAAAUUAAAUGACAUCAAUGGGGCAGAUAAGAUUGUAAAAGAGUGGCAUGAAGGAGACAACGAGUUUGAUGUGCGAAUUUUGUCUAUGAUGGCGUCUGCAUAUUGCAAGAGAGGCCAGCUAAGGGACGCCGAGAAACUAACACAUAAUGUUAUGAUGCGGAAGUACCAUAAGGACAGGCCCAUUCAAAUGUCCGGCCUGUUGGUGCGCGUAUUCUCUGGCAUGGAAGACACGAAUGGUUGGUAUUGGAGGAGCACCUAUUUUUUAGUUUUAGGGGCAAUACUUUAUUGGUUCUGAACUUUUAGGGACACAAAUUUUUUCUUUUUAAAACCAAGCCCAUGUUUUCGUUUAGAAUAUUGUUCUUUAAGUUAAAAAA